AUGGCUACUUUUAUCGACCCUACGACACAAUAUAUGUGUAACAUUAUUCAGCAAGAAUACUCUGCCUGCGAUGUUUCAGAUGCUCUGCUAAAACUGCAUGUUCAUGCUGCCGGCUUUCUUCCGGAUAUAGUAGCACCACUGCUGGGAUUCAAUCAAAUCUCUCGUCGAACAGUGGCUCCAGUGAGCACUCUGGCUCUAGUUCCAAAGAGUUGGACCGAUUCAUCCUCAUUUCCUCAGCACCUUCCCAGAAAAUCUAAUAUCCCCCAAGGGGAGAAUUGGACAGACUAUCCAAGUCCAGGCACAAUUGUCUUAGUCCAGCAGCCGGGGAAGCAUGUCUCCGCGAUAUUGGGAGAUAUAAUGAUCACGAGGCUACAUCAUCGAGGAGUUCUUGGUGUCGUAGCCGACGGCCGAAUACGGGAUGUAAAGUCCUGCACCAAAAUCCGCAGAAACACAACUUUUCAGGUCUGGUCGAAAGGUGUGUCUGCUGCUGGCCCGUCUCUCGAGGCCAAGCCCUGGGCCAUAGAUGUCCCCCUAAAAAUCGGAGAGACGUGGAUUAAGCCUGGAGAUUUCAUAUGCGCAGAUGAGGAAGAUCAAGUGAUUGUAGUGAUCCCUCGGGAGCACUUGCGGGCCGUCUAUGAACUACUACCCACGUUAAAGAGAGCAAGCGACCGCGUCCUGGAAGAUGUCGAGAGAGGAUUGAGCCUUCCUGAGGCAUUCGAGCGAAACCCCGACUUCUAUAGCAACUACAAAUGA